CUCAGUCGCUUACGUGCGCGUCGCUACAGUAAUAUUAUUACUGGCCGUAAACAAAAGCCGAUUAUCGAAAUGUAGAAACUAUCGAAAGUGUAAUAAAAAAAGUAAAAUAAAAAAAUAUAAUGACAGGAAAAAGCGCGCGCGAGUAACAGGACCAACUGUCAGAUUUUCCCGCCAACGCGUUUUGUAUGUAAACAAAACCCUUAAAAUGUCGUUGCAUUAAUUUUCUCUAAAGUGUCGUCUCCACAUUUUUUUUAAUUGUGAACUUUUUAAAAAAAACCCGUUCAAAAACAGCCAGUAGUCCGUACCGAAACGUCGCUGCAAACAGUCAUGGUUCCCGAACGUUAGCUGGCGGCCGCCAUGUUCAAUUUCUUUAAAAAGAAAGCCGCGCCCGACGCGUUGCGGAAAAAUCCGAACGAUUCGCUGAAGGCAGUCGACGCGCGCGCGCGACACGAAAAUGAUGUAACGAAUGAAAAAGCCAACGUGGUGCCCAAGGAUGUGGUCAACUUGCUCAUACCUGAAACCGAUUACAAUCAGAAGACCGGCGUAGGUGCAAUAUUACAGAUAAUGGCGGGCAAAAGGAAGAGAAACAAGAAGAAAAGGACCGAGUCCUGCCGGGUGAGUCCGCUCAAAGAGACGCCUGUGAAUCUACAGCGGAGUAACUCUGACGUCGAGCGGUGCGCGCCUACGCCCGCCGAAAAUAAACAAGACGCAGACGCCGCCGAGUUCGUGAAAGCAUUAGUUCUACAGAAAUACGCAACGAAACCGGACCGUCAUGUGUCGUUGGUAUACGUGAACGAACCUGUCUUGGACGAGAAGCGACAUGCGGAGGCGCUACUCCGCGAGAUAGCGAGGAGUAUUGACUGUACCAUAGACAAAAUAAAUGAGAAUCAAAUGGGAGGCACUGACAGCAAGGAGCACACCGAACCUGUUUACGAAACAAUCGACAGAGAGAACGGAAUAGAUACGUACAAAAACGAAUUGAAGGGCGAAUUGGAGAAGCUGCUGCAGAUCGAAGCUGAUAACGAUAAGGCCGACGAGUCACCGGCCCUGAAGAAGAAAUCGAAUUUGAAACCGCCGAAAUCGGAUACCGAGGGUUGUUCCGACGAUGACAGAUCGGAUUCCGGUAAAAAGCGUGUGACAUUUAGAAAGCAUAUCGUAUUCGAUGAUGGCGAACAGCAGACCGACGAGGAAGUCGAUUCGUCAUUCGAAUCGCUCACCUCCGAAGAGGAAGAGGAGGAAUAUUUGGAGGAAUCGAUACCAGGCAACGAUGAAUUGGUCGGAGGUUACGUAGUAUCGAGUAACGAUAGUGACAAUAAGACUGUGAUAAAUGUAAAUGAGGACGUAUCCGAUGGCGUUAAGGUUCAAAUUGACGAGAACUUGAGAAGGAUCUCAAGCGAUAAUAGUGACAGUGGUUUUAUAGAAGGUGACAGUGAGUUAAAGAGUGUAGAUGUAGAGACGGACAGUGAAGUGAGUGAGAGUGAGACGGAAGAGGAAGUUACAGAGGAAGAAGAGGAAGAAGUCAGUAUAGCGGAAAUCAUCGAGCCGGGAGACCCGAAGCAUGUUGACAACAAGAAGUCCCUUGUGUCGCAAGAGAGCAAGUUCCAAACGCAAGUAGCGGCACUGACCGAGCUUGCGGACUCGAGGUGCGGCGAAUCGGAGCGCGCGAGAGAACUCAUAGCGGCCUACAGGAAGGAGAUAGAAGCGAAGGACCAGGAAAUAGAACAUUUAAAAUGCGAACUAGCAUCCGCGUACAAAGAGUCAGAGCUGGUGCGACAGCGGAGCCGAUCUCUGGAAGAGGAGCUCACAGCAGCCAGGAGCUGUUCUGCAGACCUAGCACAGCAGUUGCAAAGACGAAAUGAUGAAUCACUCCGUCAGCUAAGAUCUGAACUAGACGAUGCUUUGACACGACGAGCGGAAUUGGAGUCUCGAGUGUUGGCGUUAGAGCGAGACAAGGAUAGAUUGGAGCAGGAGAAAGUUUUACAAGAGCAGAAAGCCCAAGAGGCAAUAGCAGCAGCGGAAGCGAAUACAGCGAAAUGGCGAUCUGCGCACGAGUCGGCACGUUCGCAAGCGGCCGCACGAGCCGAGCGGAUGUUGGCCGAUUGCGAAUGGAAGAUGCGAGAGCUGGAGAAGAAAGCCCGGGAUGCGGAGAAACAAAAGAAAGAGCUUGCAGAUACAGUAGAACAACUAAAAGCCUCCCCCCCAUCGCCUGCACACAUCGCCGAGUUACAACAACUGAGGGGCCUAGCAACGGAACAACAGAGAUCAGUGGAAGCCCUCACUCUUCAACUGCAAAAGGUGGAGACGAGGGAAGAAGCGUUGAAGUUGGAAGUGCACAGGCUAAAGGAAGUGCUAGAUAAAGAGACUAGAAUUGGCAAAGAGAAGGAGGAACGGUAUUUGCAGAGCAUCCAGCGGCUGGAGCAGCGGCACUCGGAGGCGCUGGAGCGCGUGCGCGGCGAGCAGGCGGCGUCGCGCGCGGCGCUGGAGCGCGUGCACGCCGAGCGCACGCGCGCCGCGCUCGCGCAGCUGCGCGCCGACACCGAGCAGCGCGCGCGCAGCGCCGACCGCAAGCUGCGGGAGGUCACCACCCGGUUCGAAAACCUCAAAGAAGUUCUAGCAAGCAAAGAGUCGCAGUUCGAGAAAGAAAUAGCAGAAGCCCACAGCAAGGCCGACUGGGACAUUCUGCAGUUGAGGCACCUGCUGGACAAGGCGGAUAUAAACUAUGCCAACAAUAUAGAACAGAUGACUGAGCGAUUCGAGAAGGAAAAAGAACGUUUAAUAGAAGAAUGGUCAACUAAACUUCGUCAAGUAGAGGAGGAAGCAGCCACAGCGGCUGGUGAGGCUAAGCAGCUUCUAGAAACGACCCGAGCGAAACUGGUAUCGGAGAGGCUCGAUCAAGUCAACAAAUUGAAGGAACAACACCGACUUGAAAUGGAGCAACAAUGGGAACAAUUUAUGACCGAUAAAGAAAGUUGUCUUACACGCAUGAAGACGGAAUGCCGGCAAGAAGGAGAAGAAGAGAGAGUUAAAAGGGAGAAAGAGCUCUUGGAGGAAAUUGCAGAACUCAAAUCGCAAGUUCAGUCCAAAUCUUCAGAUUUUGAUAAUCUAGCAGUGAAAGCGGCUGCCUGCGGGCGAACAUUAGCAGUUACAGAGCAAGAGUUGAGAGAGGCACUUGCGAGAGAGAAGGAGCUAAGGGAGAAGAGGUCAGAAGAUACAACGAAAUUACGGCAAGUGGAGAGGGCGGGCAAAGACCAGAUAGAACAUUUGACUAGGAAAUGUGCUUGUUUGAGGAAACUUUUCGACGACAUGCGCGCGCGACUGUCCGCCCGCGAACGCACCGCGGAACAGGAGGCGCGAGCCAAGGAUAAAGAGCUCCACCAAUUGAGAGCAGAAGUGGCCAGGCUCACCAAGAUACUGGUGGAACAGAGCUCACCGAAGUUGGGCGCGCGAACCCGCGCGGACGGCUGCGAACACAUCCAACCGGAGGAGACGGCCUGCGACGCCCCCCGGCGGAAGGGAGGGACUCUACGUACUCCAGAGUUCGCGCGCAAACGUACACUACCGGAAAUUUUCGCGCCAUUGUCGGCGGUGCAAAUUCAAAAUGGCCGCCGCAGAGCCAGAAGUGUCGACUUGCCCGCCGUACAGGUUCCCGUUAGGAUUAAACAGCUGGAAGAGAAAAAUAAGGAAUAAAUUGUUUAAAUACAUAAAAUUGUGCUUAACGUCAUUGAAAUAUGAUAAUCAUUAUAAAAGAUUUUUAGGUGUGUAGCAAUUUUAUCAUGUCUACUAAGAGGUACCUUAUAAGUAGUGAUGGUAAUAUAUUGCAAUAUAUAUAUAUUUUAGUUACAACAUCUAUAUAUUGGUUCAAUAACGAAUAUGUUAAAUGUCUGUUAUCCAAUAUUUCAUGUCGAAAUGAAGAAACCGAUCAACAUUAAUAUAGAUAUGCGAUCAAUAUGGACAAUAUUGAUAUAAUGACCAUUUCCCACCAUCAAUGACCAUAUCGGUUUUGGAGCACCAGUGAAGGGUGAUAGAUGAGAAUGAAAACAGGCCAGUUAGUCCAUCAUGAUGAAUUCAACAGGAAUUAACCAUGAUAGUUUCCAGGGAGAACCGCGAGGAGGUCGACCUGGUUGGGUAUAUUGCUAGCAAUAGGAUUCUCAGUCUCCAUUACUAACAAUCCCUUUCCCCCCAAUAUAUAGAUAUUGGAACAAUACCCAUGCCUACUUAUAAAUACACUCUAAUCGCCUUAUUCAUAAAAACUUUAAACAACGAAUAAACCUAUUUUAGUUAUUAAAGAUGUAAUUACUUAAUCUAUGAUUAAAGAGGUUUUUUUUUCACUAAUUUCUCAAUUUGACAGAUAGUGACAAUACACUAAUAAGUUAACAUAGGUUUGUUUAUGGUUUUAUUUUCUUUUUUUUUAUGAAUAAGAAGGCAUAUGUUUUUAGGGAAGUUUCUAUGGCCGUUGCAAUCAUUUAUAACCGAAUAAGUAAUGCUAAAUUGACAACACGACGAUAUAUCAAAGAAGACGAAAGACUAAGAUGUAAAACUUAAUUCAUAUGUAAUCACAACAAUAGCAAAUUUAAUAUGUAAUUCUACGUCUUUUUAAUUUAAAAUAAUAUUCAAAACUUUAGAAACUUCCCUUCAAAUUAUUUAUAAUUUAGAAAAUUUUCAAUUUAGUAUAAUUUAAUUGCCUGGUAUAUUAAAAUCGUUUAAUACAAACAAACUAUAAAUAGGAAUGGGUAAUAGCAAUACAUAAUAAUAUAUAGUUAAUAUAUCUAUACAUUGGUUCAAUAACGAAUAUGUAUGUAAUAUUAAAAAUUAGCUAUCCAAUAUAAUAUCUAAAUGAAUAUAGAUUUAGAUAUCUGACUAGUAUGUGCGAUAUCUACGUAGGUAAUGGCCUAUUUUUCCCCAUUGAUGUCCAGAGAAACCAAAUACAUAGAUAUCGGAUCGCCACUGAUAUUACCCGUACCUAAUUAUAAACUAUCCAAUAAGAUGUGGCCAUAGAGGCAGCGAGAAAUUAUAAGGAGCGGAUAGUGAAGUCGCUACUAACCAAAUUCUUAGGAAUUAGUGAACUAGUACAGAAGGCGAUUUAAAAUAUUAUUUUAGUUUUUUUUUUUUUUAUAUUGUAGUGUAUUUUAAAAUAACCUCUGCGACUUCAUUGAAGGAUAUAAGCGUGAGGAUUUAUUUCAAAAUAUUUACUACCCGCCCCUAAAAUGCAGGGCCGGAUUAUAUAUAAAGUAGUGUAGAGAACUGCCUAGCAUAAAGAACCUGCGUAUCAACAAUAAUUUAUUUAUUUAUUUCCACUUUAUUGCACCAUUUGAUAUGCAUCUCCCACGCACAACCACUCUUUGGAAUCAACUUCCAGCAGCAGUAUUUCCGAACCGAUACGACAACAUAACCUUCAAGAAAAGAGCAUAUUCCCUUUUAAAAGGCCGGCAGCACACCUGCAAUGCCGUUGGUGUUAUGGGUGACCAUGGGCGGCGGUAGUCACUUGCCAUCAGGUGAGCCGCAAGCUCGUUUGCUCCUGUGUUGUAAAAAAAAAUUAUAAAAAUAUAAAUACAGUUUAUUUUAAUGAGAAGUGAAAAGGCGACCUUAUCGCUUAGCAAUCUCUUCCAGACAACUUUUGGUUAGAGAACAUUGGGAAAAAAGAUAAAGGGUAGGUUGCACACUAUUAUAUAGAUACUAAUGUAAGCAAACAUAUAUACAUAUAUAAACAAAUAUAUGCAUACUUAAUAAAACUCAUAUAAUAGGAGAAAAUAAGGGAGAAAGAUGCAGAAAGAACAUGGCAUUUUUUAGAGAAAUAUUCUUUAAAUUUUUAUUACAUUUGAAGAUUAUUUUUACCUCUUUUUUAUUACAUCAUCAUAUUUCAAAAUUAUAACAGUCGAGGUUGAUCCCAUCACUAGUUACCGCGCCUCCCGCGUCGAUACCGCCAUGCACAGGCAGUCAGUCCUCCGGCCUGCGGCUUACUAUCCGCACGUGUUCGCUCGUGCCCUCCUAACAGGACUAACCUCCCCAUAACUAACAAUCCUCCCCCCCAGUAUAUUUUGUAACCCGUUACAAGUUAUAUAGAAUAUUAUAGCAUUUUUUCGGAAACGAGACUUACAUUACCUAUGCACCCUGAAAUAAUUAAUCCGGCCCUGUUAAAACGUGCAAUAUGGUGGUCACAUAAUAAACAUCGCUGCCUCAAUAUUUAUUAUAACUUUAUACUCUUUAAGAUUCAAACGAAGCUUAUAACAUUGAAGAGAAAAGGGUAUCUAAGUUUUAAAUUUGAUUUAUUCCCUUCUGUUCUCUGCCAUCGAAUUAUAUAAACUUUAACUCCAAUACAAUUGCUUUUUCUCUUUCUCGCAGAGAAAUUUUAUAAACAGUACUUAAUAAGAACAAUCUGAUAUAAAAAGUAUUUUUUAAUUUUUAUAAUCUGUCAAACAGCUAUAAAGUAUUAUAAAAUUCUUUAAUAAAACUUUAGGUCUAAUUUAAAAUACCUCCCAUUGUAUAUUACUAAAUUUAUGUAUUUAACAAUUAAUAUAAUAAAUGUCAUAAAAAAAAAACGAAGAUAUUUCAUAAAGAGAUCUGCUGCUACUUCGGAAACGUCCAUUUACAAGCUCCAUCUUGAUACCACAUUUUGUAAACGUGAUUUUAAUAUCACUCAUUUCUUUAACAUAAUUUCAAAAUCACCCAUUUGAUACUUACACUGUCUCAAGUGUAUAUAGACUCUAUGGGCUAGUACACAGAGCUGUAAAAGUAUUUUAAAAAAAUAAAUUCAAGAAUGUUUACUACUCGAGGGUACAGACGUCAGAAAUGUCAGUUUCGAGACGUCAGAAAUCUCUAAAACUAUGUGUGAGUACAGACGUAUAUCGGAGUGUGUAACUAACCGAGCCAGAGACUUCAGGGUGAACAACGCUAUUGUCUACCCUUCAUAAGCGUCCACACAUACUACCUACUAAAAUAAAAUAAACGAAAGCCUCUCUCGUAAUACAACAGUCCAAUUAUGUUAUGAUAUUUUAUUGUCUGCCAGUAUUUAUUUUAACUAGCAACAUUAUAUUAUAAUUAAGUAUACAAUAUUUAAAUUACAGUGUAGUUAUAGUGAUUUAUCUAUAUUACUUUGUAGUUUUACUCUCGUGUAAUGUUAUGUUAAUAUACUUUAUUACUAUAAUUAUAAAAAUGUCCCAGUUAACAUUUGAUGUACGUAAUGCACAUACACUGAUCGCUGCUUGCGUGCAUAAAAAAAUCCUUGAGAAUUAUAUUCAUCCGCUAAUUCUGUAACAUAUUUAUGAACGUUGCUACAUCAUUUAAAAAAAAAACAAAAAUAUUAAUAAAAUAAAUGAGUAGUAUAAUUCUCUAUAAUUACUGAAGAUCAGGCUGUAUGGCUUAGUUCCUUUACCCUUCUCAUCGUGGAUAAAUUUAUACUAUCACUACGUCUAUGAUUAUAAAUUUCGAACAGAGAACAAAGGUGUCCUUUAUUCGGGAUUUAAAAAGAAAAAUAUGAAUUUAAAAAGUAUAAAGACGAAUAUAUCAUUGAACUAAAAGUACCACCCAUCAUAGUAUAUAUUAUAAUAAUUGUUCAGUGGAUUGCUUCUAAACCAAGACAAGUAACAAGUUACAUGUGUCAUCCAAGCCUGCGAUAUGUUGUGUACGAGAUAUAUUUUAUAUUAACUGGGAAUAUUAUAAUUAUGUUGAAGUGCAAUAAAUAAAUUUAGUUAAUCAUAUUUUUAUAGCUAGAACCAUAUUUGCCUGCAUUGUAGGAAAUAUGAACAUAUUACCACUUAUAAAAAAUUCAAAAUUUAUAAGAGAUCCGCCUUAGUGAUCCGUUGACUUUUAAAUUUUUCAAAAUAAGAGUCUUAGAUACUGCAACGUAAUUGCUACAUACAUACAUAGAAAUUCCUAAAAAAGUGAAAGCAUACGUUAUAAGUAUAUUCCACUCAUGUUUUUUUUUUUAGUCGUGACAUUUUUUACAAUAAGAACAUUUUUAAAUACAAUGGCAAAGGAAAAAUCUCUUACAUAUUUAAAUCGAUUCUGUCCGCAAUUUGUAUUGCAAAUCGUGCAAUUUACGAUAUAUUUAAGAAUAUUCAUAAGGUACAGUUGUAUUUACUCGUUCGCUCUGUAAAUAUCAUUUUUCAUAAUAAAAUUUUCAUAAAAAUAAA